AUGGUGAUGAUGGAGGACUCUGACCUCCACGAGCUAGAUGAGCUAGAUGUGUCCACGUGGUUCGCGAACGCGCGCAGACGGCUGAAAAAGGAGAACAAGGUGACGUGGGGCCGCAGCGCGGAGGACCGGGACGGCCGCAUCUUCAGCAGCGACAACGAGGAGGACGAGCCCGGGAAGCACGGCAGCGACGAGGAGGAGGAGGAGGAGGAGGAGGAAGAGGAGGAGAUCGAUCUGGAGACGGUGGACAUCGAGAGGCCGGUGGAGGAGGAGGAAGAGGAAGCGAAAAACCCCGGGGAGGAGGAGGGGGAACCGGGGGAACAGAGGACCAGGACCCGGUCCCCGGAGGCCGGAAACAAGCCCCCCGAGGCCCGGUCCCCCGGUGCAGAGGAGUGCGCGCGACCCUCCCAGAGCAAACCCAAAAUCUGGUCUUUGGCCGAGACCGCCACGAGCCCCGACAGCGCGCGCAGGCCCCACGCGCACGCGCGCCCGUUGGGCCGCGGGAUUUACGCGUGCCAGAUCGGGAAGCUGCACAACUGGGCCAACGCGGCCCUGCUCAACGCCAGCUCCAUCCUCAACAUGAGGUCGCUGCUGGGCGGACACGUGCACGCGCAGCACGCGCAGCACGCGCAGCACGCGCACAACGCGGCGCAACAAGCAACGCAGCAGCACGCGGAACCGGCACCGGUCGCGCGUAAUGACGCACGGACCUCCGGGACCGAGGAGGACAGCGACAUGAAGAGAGCGACCACAGGCCCGAUUCUCUGA